CGGGGCAAUAGUUUUUUCUGAUUCAUUUCACAGAUUUUAACUCAAAGAUGAUUUGUGCUUACUGAUGCCAGGUUGCAGUUUGCAUUUUAUUUUUUCUUUCAUAACACUACAACAUCAAUGUGUCUGAACCAAGUGACACUUGUGACCUUUUUGUGUAGUAUUGAAUAUGGCUGCCAAGAAACUUGACCAGACUUCAGUCAGAGCUGUUGAGCUUGAAUUUGUUGACCUCUCCUACACCGUUCAAGACGGACCCUGGUGGAAGAGAAAUGAUUUCAAAUCACUUCUCAAUGGAGUGUCAGGAAAGUUUGGCAGCAGAGAGCUCAUUGGCAUCAUGGGGCCUUCGGGUUCUGGGAAAUCCACCCUCAUGAAUAUUCUGGCAGGAUACAGGGAGGGGGGCAUGGAGGGUGAGAUCUUUGUAAAUGGACAAUCGAGGAACGUGACGUCUUUCAGGAAGAUGUCCAGUUACAUCAUGCAAUAUGACAUGUUGCUGCCCCACCUUACAGCCAGGGAGGCCAUGAUGGUGUCUGCAAAUCUGAAACUGAAGGAAAGCAAUGAGUUCAAGAAAGAACUUGUGGAUGAGAUUCUGACUGCGCUGGGCCUCCUAGGGGCUGCCGAGACACGUACAAGCUCGCUCUCUGGCGGUCAGCGUAAAAAACUUGCCAUCGCCCUGGAGCUUGUCAACAGUCCUCCUGUGAUGUUCUUUGAUGACCUCACUAGUGGAUUGGACAGUGCUGCCUGUUUCCAAGUGGUUUCCCUCCUGAAGUCUCUGGCUCAGGGUGGACGUACAAUCAUCUGCACCAUUCAUCCGCCUAGUGCUAAGAUCUUUGAGCUGUUCGACAAGCUGUACAUCCUCAGUCAGGGUCAGUGCAUGUACCAGGGCUCGGUCCCUAACCUGGUUCCUUAUCUGAGAAACCUGGGUCUCCACUGUCCAACAUACCAUAACCCUGCUGACUUCAUUAUGGAAGUGGUGUCAGGGGAGUCUGGAGACAAGAAUGAGGUCCUGUUUGAGGCUGCCAAGGCUGGACGUUGUCCUGAUGAUGGCAAAAAAAGCUUAAAAAGCAACACUUAUUCUUGUAUCACGACCACUCUGGAGAAACACCGAUUUUUCACCAGUACAUUCACACAGUUGAGCAUUCUCUUUAAAAGGACCUUUACUGUAAUAGCGAGAGACUCGGUUCUGACCCAUCGCCCCCUCAUGUCUCAUCUGCUUGUUGGACUGCUGAUUGGCUCUCUGUAUUUGAACACUGGAAAUGAUGCCAAUCAGGUUUUCAACAACACUGGUUGCCUCUUUUUCUCCAUGCUCUUCCUCAUGUUUGCUGCACUGAUGCCAACUAUCCUGACCUUUCCUCUGGAGUUGUCUGUCGUUUUGAGGGAACAUCGCAACAACUGGUACAGUCUGAAGGCCUAUUACUUGGCCAGAACUGUAGCUGAUGUACCAUUCCAGGUGAUUUGUCCAAUCAUUUACUGCAGCAUUGUUUACUGGAUGACUGGACAGCCUCCCGUGGCCUAUCGCUUCCUAAGCUUUGUGGCCAUAGCCACGUUGACAGCACUGGUGGCCCAGUCACUUGGUCUCCUCAUAGGGGCUGCAUCACCAUCAGCAGAAGUGGCCACCUUCAUGGGUCAAAUCACAGCUAUACCGGUGCUGCUCUUCUCUGGCUUCUUCAUCACGUUUGACACCAUUCCAAUAUAUUUACGAUGGAGUGCAUAUGUCUCAUAUGUCAGAUAUGGCUUUGAAGGGGUGAUUGUCUCCAUCUACGGAAUGAACCGACCAGAUCUGGACUGUCCAACUCUGACUGGGAACAACCUGUCACAGCUGGUGGCCCCAGUGAGUGCAUGCCCACACCAAAAACCUGAGGAAGUCCUGAAGUGGCUGCAUAUGGAGGAGGCAGAGCUCUAUGUGGACUAUGCUGUGCUUGGGUUUUUCUUCCUGAUCGUUAGAUUGGCCACUUAUCUGGUCCUGCGUUUCAAAGUGAAGCUGGAGCGUUAGUCAGUCAGCAUGCAUUUUUUUCUUCUUUCUUUUUUCUUUCUUGAAAUUUGAUGUUCAACAAAAUUAAAUGGUCCGACCUUUAAAUUUGUUUCUCUGCCCUCAUAUGAAAGAAGUUUAAAGAAGUGUAUCUACUUUAAAUUCAAACAAAUAAUGCAACCAUAAAUACAUUUUCAAACUUAGACAUAUACAAGCAAUAUUUAGUACACUUUAUGGGUCUUUUUUUUUACUAAUUAAUUAUGAUUAUGUUUGAUCCAAAUACAAUUUUGUUAUAUAUAUUUUUCUGAAACUGUUAAAUAUGUGUCUUGGCUAAAUUUGCCUAUUCAGUUAACACAAAACUAACUAUCUUUUUAUGCUACUAAAGCUAAUUAUAUGUGUUUUUGUUUGUCUUGUAGAUGUUUCUGGCAUUUUUAGAAAUGUAUUCAACGGUUGGAUUCAAGUUGAUUUAAUUGAAUUAUCAAAUGAAAAUGAACCACGAUUUUGCACUAAAUAAACAUGCAUUUUAUUGUAGUGCUUCUGCAUCCACCAGGGAUAUUUUAUUUAGAUAAUUCACACUAGGCUCAUUUUGUACUAUUAUAGGGCUAUUGUAGAUGAAAUAAAUAAUUCACACAUUAAUUUGUGCUUUUUGAAAAUUUAAACUUGGAUUGUUCCAGUCUACAAUAGUGUUUAGUACAGAAAUAAACAACUGAUAAGAGAAAACAUUUCAGAUGUGAUGUAAAUCUCUCUGCAAAUAAAAAAUAAAAUGACAACAAAUUGUUUAUUUGUCCAAUUAUUGUCUCAAUCGUUUGAUUUUUGAAAAUGUACCCUAAAUAUUUACAGAAACGUUUUAUAAAACUAACAAAUGUACAACUACCAUGUUUUGUAGUCAAAGUCUUCCUCAUGGGA